AUGCAGUCCGAUGAAAUCUUCCGUGCGUUGCUCAGCAUUGAAAAGAUGAUCCAGGGACCUGAGUUCGAAACCUGGCGCAAGCAAUUUGUGGAUCGGAAUCUUGAGCAUUUCUCCUUCGAGGAUGAGAACAAGCUCAUCUAUACUGACAUCCACAAGGAGUACGAGGAAGGCAUCGAGAAGCUAAUAGAGCAAAGUUUGCCUCCAGGCACGGGCAUGGAAGGGCUCAUGGAGGCGCUUCCUGCAUACCUUGAGAGCUCGGAGGCGCACAGAGAGGAAACUGCUCGAACUGUGAAGCUCUUGCUGGAGAUUGGAGACUUCAAAGACUUCAGGGAGAUGAUGCUAUAUGCCAAGAGGCAGAAAGAGGAAGAGGGCGAGAGCGGCACUGAUCAAUCUCUUUCCUCGCUCUCAGGAGGAGGCUCAGUCUUUGAAGUCGACGGUCUCAUCGAGAUGUGUGGACUGCUGGCUGACACUGGUGCAAAUGAGGACGGCUGGGUGACCGUCUACCAAAACAAGUGGAUGCGAAUUGACAAGAAGCCCGUGGACGAGAAGCUCAAGCGGCAUAAGAACGAGAUCUUCUUGCGGGGGGUGAUGACCCUCGACCUGACCUACAAGGAGUGCCUCGACAUGUUCCUCUUCUUCGGAGAUCGCAGGAGAGAAUGGGACACCAACUACCGCGGUUACGAGCUGCCGAUGGGAGGAGACGUAGUCGACGACGACGACGUGGUCAUCAGGUCCAAGCUUGACUUCGGUACCCUCAUGCACAUGGUCGGCAUUCCCCGCUCCCUCCUCGUCAAGUACGUCAGGCGUUGGGACUUUCCGCGACAAGGAAGCGUGUCUACCGCCAUGGUGCCAUGGGACGAGAAGAAGAACGCCUUCGACGACAAGAACAAGGUCCUCUCCCUCAAAACCAACACCAUCAUGCCGCACCCCGAGCUCCCGGACAAGUCGCUCAUUACCACGCUUGAGAUCAACAAGCUCGGCGGGAUGCCGAAAUGGGCCCUCAACAUCCUCAUGACCGCGACAGCUCCGCAGCUGGUGAAGGGACUCGAGCAGAGAUACAUCGCCAAGAUCAGGAAGAGCGGAAAAACAGUCGACAUGACGCCAGAGGGGAGAAAGAAGAGAGCGAAAGGAGCCGAGACCUGGUAG